AUGUUGUCGAGACGGAAAAUUCUAACUGCGGGCAGGCUUCAUUGUGCAAAGGAGCGGCAGGCGGGGAGUCCGUCUCAGAGCAGAAAAGACAGUCUGGAGAAACGACAAGGAUUUGGUGUCCAAGAGUUUCCCGACGGCUCCAAAUAUGAAGGCGAGUUUUUCAAUGGCCUCAAACAUGGCAAGGGAAAGUACACCUGGAGAAGUGGAGAGUUCUAUGAGGGCUCUUUCUACAAAGACUACAGGCAUGGUGAUGGAAUGUACUGUUGGCCAACAGGCAACAAGUUCAUUGGCAAAUUUUAUCUUAAUUGGAGAGAAGGAUAUGGAAAACACAUUUUUCCUGAUGGAGCCACAUUUAAGGGUUUGUACCAUGCUGACCAGAGGUUUGGUCCAGGUGUGCUUAGUGAGCCAACGGGAUGUCAGGAUGUAGGUCUUUGGCAUGGGAAGCAUUUGAUGCAAAUGUGUAAUCCUUUACAAGGUAGCUUUUGCCUGAAAAACACCGAAUAUGCUGCCCUCAUGGAGCAAACUGCUGUCUUACAUUCUAAGAAUCAGACAGCGAAAGAUGACAUUUUGCCGCCGUAUCACGACAAUACUGUACUCCCCUACGGCACUGAAAAUUAUUCCACCAAUGGUGACCACCUUCCAUUGCCCCCCAGUAUUAGACGAGAGUUCGACCACCAGUUUUAUGGCCUGCUGCAGGAACAUGAUUCUCACCAGCAUGAAGGCUACAAAUGGGAUCCACGCUCCACUCUGCCAUUAACAACCAAAAUGCUGGCUCACAUUCACCAACACAGUCUGCAAUCUGAAACAUUGGACUGGGAUGUUGCAAAAGUUCUUUCUUCAAAAAGGGACCAUUUUGGUCCAAAAGGACCUUUGGAAGUAAUAUCAGAACAGUUGAUCCAGCAAGCCUCAAGAGGAGGACGAAAGGCUGUGUUAAAUAUUCUCCUAGACGGCCUUGUUCACCCUGAUGUAACAGAUUCUCAGGGAAACACUGCGUUGAUUGCUGCUACGAGAAACUGCCAUGAUGAUAUAAUCCAACUAUUAUUGGACAUGGGCGCUGAUAUUGACAAGCUGAAUUGUGAGGGCAUGUCGGCACUGUCUGUUUGUCAUGUCCUUUACUAUCCUUUCCAGUCUCUAUACUUGCCUCCAGGAACACCAGCCCAAACACAGAAAGAGACCUCAGAACAACCCAGAGGACACAAGUACAGAUUCAUCCAGCCAAAACGACAGAUCUCAGACAAGAUACAAGAGGAAUUAUCCGAAGGCCUCAUCUUUCAUCGCAGCAGUUGUAGUGAACUUUCCAGUUUCCUGAAUGAUCAAGAGACUCCUGCAGAAUACCAACAAUUACCAGUAAAAUACAGACACAGUGUUGAAACUGGCCAGGAGAGCAACAGGGAUGAGACAUUCCUUAUGUACAGUGAAGAAAAAAAGAACGAGGAGCUCCUUUUAGAGCGCUCCAUUCCAGUUAAGGAUGGUCACAUUAUACUGGGCCACGUGAAAUGGAAAGAAUAUUCACCUGAAAGUAUUAAGCAGGAAGGUAAAAAAACCACAAGCCCAUUACAUUCCACGUAUAGCUAUAACAUACAGGUCUCGGAAGAACUUUUACAGGGGGCAGCUGAAGCUCUGAGCCACCCUGGGUUGCCCCAUUAUUCCGACACUCGAGAGACUGUGCGCAAAAUGGCUGCCAUGAAGUUUAAGCAUCGUGUUCGUUUGCACACACUGAAUCUGCUGUUGGACCGGGGAGCUGACCCCAACAUUUCGAGAGUUCCCUUCCCUGUCCUCUUUUUGGCUAUUAUGGCUGCUGAUACCGAGACUGUUCGGAGGCUUAUUCUGUGUGGAGCUCAAACAGAUAUAAGUCUUUCACCUGAGAGGAAAGGUUUUUAUCCUCUACAUGUGGCUGCAGCACUGCCAGGCCCAGAAGGUCCCAAAAUCACAGAACUGCUCCUGCAAGCUUUAUCUGAUCCAGACGCACGAGCAUGUGAUCAGGAGGAAAUCUACGAACCAGAUAUAGUGUUCCUGAUGACAAGAAAAUCACGGCACACCAGUGAAAAGUCACGUCCUGAAGAAGGAGGUCGAACAGCUCUGCACAUGGCCUGCCAGAGAGAAAAGGAUCACCGUAACGCCAGCAAGGUGGUCUCCCUGUUGCUAUCCCAUAGUGCCAAAACAGACCUCCUCUGGAGUGGACAUUCACCUCUGUCAUUGGCUAUAGCAAGUGGCAACGAAAAGGCAGUUGAGGAGCUGUUAAAAGGAGGUGCGGAUCCCAACAUUCCCUUGGGUUGUGGAGUUGGAAAUGCCUUAUGUGCAGUCAGUAACUUCUGCUACGACUUGGAUGGCAAAAGGGAAAAACUGUUAGACAUGUUAGUAAAGGCUGGUGCUGACAUGUUGAAGCCAGUCCAGGUCGGUGAUAGUAUCGGAAAUGUGGUCGACUAUGCACAUCACUCCUUUGAUCAGGAUGUGCGUAUUGCCCACACACCCUUCCAUAUCCUCAGCAUGGAGGAAAGAGAAAUAUUUAAAGCGCGACAUCACCUGCUUAGCAUGAUGGGAAGUCUGCUAAGAGAGACAGCUAUCCAAAGAGAGAACGAACAACUGGAGAAACAGAAGGACCUCCUUCUGAAUUUGUUCAAGUUGAUUCCUCACCUCCUUCAGUUGGGAGUAAAGAUGAGGCUGGCUCAUAAAGGGUGUCAGGAGACAGGGCUGCUGAGCCAGACGCAGCAAGAGGAGUUGUGCUUGUGCCUAUUACAACAGGCGAGGGCAGAGACAACUGUUUUGGUGUGGAGAGCUUGCAAAAGGGUUAACCUGCUGUACUAA